UCCAACCACUCCGCACUAAAACAAGUCUUCCGCAUUCAAGUAGUCAAUUACAUGCCUAGACUCUCCAACUUACUGUUUCGCACGGGGAAGAGUGCUAAAUACUUGAAACUGAAUUUUGAAUUAGAGAAAUGGAAGAUAAGCAGAAUUAUGGGGAAAUUGAAGGGAAACCUCUUGUUUCUAUCUGUAGUAUAUUUGUUCUUAGAAAGUUCGAUUGCAGUUGAUACCAUAACUCUAGCACACUCUAUGAAUGACACCCACACAAUAGUUUCAGCAGGCCAGAAAUUUGAACUAGGCUUCUUCAAUAGUGGGAAUUCCAGUGGUCGAUAUCUAGGAAUAUGGUACAAGAAUCUUCCGGUUCGGACUGUUGUUUGGGUCGGAAACAGAGAAUUCCCUCUCAUAAAUGCUUCUGGAUUGUUGACACUUGGUGAUGAUGGAAGACUGGCCAUUGUCGAUGAAUCAGGGAGCAUUAUCUGGUCUUCAAAUUCAUCCCGGACUGCUAAAAACCCAGUUGCGCAGCUGUUAGAUACUGGAAAUUUUGUUGUGAAAGAUGCUGCAGAUGGCAAUGAUGAGAACUUCAUAUGGCAGAGCUUUGACUAUCCUUCGGAUACAUUGUUACCAGGUAUGAAACUAGGUUGGAACAAGAAAACGGGUCUGAACCGAAUUCUGACAUCCUGGAAAAGCUCGGAUGAUCCUUCUCCUGGAGAAUAUACUUACAGCGUGGAUCCUCGUGGACUUCCUCAACUUGUCCUUCGUAAGGGAUCCACUGAGCAGUUCCGAAGUGGACCAUGGUAUGGAACACAAUUUAGUGGCGUUCCAGUUUUGCAGGUAAACCCAGUUUUUACUCCAAUAUUUGUCUCCAAUAAUGAUGAAGUGUAUUAUUCAUAUAACAUAACAGCCAAUAUUCCAUCAAGGUUUGUCUUAAGUCAAUCUGGCUCGGUUCAGCACCUUUCCUGGAACGAUCGCCACUCUAAUUGGUAUCUCAUAUUCACAGUUGCAGAAGAUAGAUGUGAUAAUUAUGGCUUGUGUGGUAGUUAUGGUAUUUGCAACAUUAACAAGACUCCCAAUUGUGACUGCUUGAAGGGUUUUGAGCCCAAAUUAUCCAAAGAUUGGGAUGUUCUUGACUGGUCAGGUGGAUGUGGACGACAGGAUCCACAUAUAUGCCAAGAAGGAGAAGGGUUUUUGAAAUUUACAGGGUUGAAACUACCAGAUGCAUCUCAAUUUAGGGUGAAUGUAAGUAUGACAAUAGAAGAUUGCCAGGCAGAGUGCCUGAAGAAUUGUUCUUGCUCUGCUUAUGCUAAAUUUGACAUUAGAGGCACAGGGAAUGGCUGUGUAACCUGGUAUGGAGACCUAAUUGAUAUGAGAGAAGUUCCUGAAUACGGACAAGAUCUUUAUGUAAGAAUGGCAGCUUCUGCACUUGAUUCACAUGCUGAUACAAGCAACAAGAGGAAGAAUGUGACAAUUGCAACAACUAUAUCAGUGGCUUCAGCAAUGAUCAUCUUGGCUUUGAUUGGCUUGUUUGUGAUUUGGAAGAAAAAGAUUAUUAGAGCUAGCCAGCCAGAAAAUCAAGUGACCAUCAGCAUGGUUGAAAGUCAGAAGGACCUUGAACUUCCCUUAAUUGAAUUUGCUACUAUUCAAGCUGCUACUAACAACUUUUCUGGUGCAAAUAAGAUUGGAGAAGGUGGAUUUGGACCAGUAUACAAGGGUGAGCUACAGUCCGGACAAGAAGUAGCAGUGAAGAGACUUGCAGAGAAUUCUGGACAGGGCCUUCAAGAGUUCAAAAAUGAGGUCAUUUUGAUCUCCAAACUUCAACAUAGAAAUCUGGUCAAGCUUCUAGGUUGUUGCAUUGAAAGGGAAGAGAGAAUGUUAAUAUAUGAGUACAUGCCAAAUAGAAGUUUGGACUCCUUAAUAUUUGAUGAAGCAAGGCGACCUUCACUUGACUGGAGAAGGAGACAUGACAUCAUUGUUGGCGUAGCUCGUGGCCUUCUUUAUCUUCAUAGAGACUCAAGACUGAGAAUCAUCCAUAGGGAUCUCAAGGCCAGUAAUGUUCUGUUAGACAACGAGAUGAAUCCCAAAAUUUCAGACUUCGGAAUGGCUAGAACGUUCCAUGGAGAUCAAACAGAAGCAAAUACAAAGAGAGUAGUUGGAACCUAUGGUUAUAUGCCUCCAGAGUAUGCAAUAGAUGGACACUUUUCUUUGAAAUCCGAUGUCUUCAGCUUUGGCGUCAUAUUGUUGGAGAUGGUGAGUGGAAAGAAGAACCGGGGUUUUUUUCAUCCUGACCACAAACUCAACCUUCUGGGGCAUGCCUGGAAAUUGUGGAAUGAGGGGAAGGCAUUGGAAUUAAUGGAUGAAUUGAUGGAACAAGAUUUUCCUGAACGUGAAACACUAAGAUUCAUACAGGUGGGGCUCCUGUGUGUCCAGCAGAGGCCAGAAGACAGGCCAAUGAUGGAAACUGUGCUAUUGAUGUUCGAUAGCGAGAGUAUGUCAUUAGCUGAACCUGGAAGACCUGGGUUUUAUGCAGAAAGGUGUCUUUCGGAGACAGAUUCAUCGUCUCUUGGGAAUCUAAUUUCGAAUGAGAUGACUGUUACUUUAUUAGAAGGCCGUUAGAAAUCCAAUGACAUUUAAUUUUUCUGUCAUCGAUGAGAAAACCUUAUCAAUAUUCUCUCAUGUAACAAGCUGAUGAAAUAAUUUAAACUGUUUAACAUUUGCUUUUGGAAAAUUGAGAGUUCAAAGCCAUUCCAUAUUAUUAGACAAAACCAAAAUGGGUAGGCUUGGGGUAAGCCUAAAGUAAGUCCAAAUCUUAUUAUCACAACCACAAACCCAGAUGAAAACUAAACUCCAGCUCUAGCUGCUUCCCAACCCAAUAAUAGCUCCAGGAACCAACCAUGCUUUCCUUUUGGGUUGGCUUAAGAAUCCCAUAGUAAGAAACCCAAUUGAAACCAAAGUUUGGGCUCCAAUCAUAGUUAAGGAAUUCAAACCCUAAUUUUGUUUUGGCCCAACCCAGCUCCC